AUGCUCACAGCUAUCCAAGUAUCCGUGUUCUCUGCAACAUCCAAGACCGUGAUUCUCAGAUGGACCAGGUUCUCCGGAGCCAGCUCAUACAAGAUCACAGCCGCACCCAAAAGCUCACCAAGCAACCCCAUUGCUUUUGCCAUGUUCGGUCCAAACACAGUGCUGGGCUCUAUCGCCUCUCUGUCCCCGAACAUCAUUUAUACAUUCACAGUUGAAGCGCUGGAUAAUUCUCAAGUAAUACUGAGCACUGCAGUUAUUGAUUCAUCCACAGCCCCUGAGGUGAUGGAUCCUAUCCAGAACGUGAAGCCGAAGGAUAGCACGACCCUAAUGGCGAGUUUCAACUUGGAGACCGGGGCGACCUCAUACAUCAUACGAAUUCAGAACACCAAUGGCUUCUACAGAGAAGUCACAGUUUCCUCCUCCCCCGUUGAAAUUAAGUCCCUCACAUCGUACACUGAGUACAUGCUCAGCAUCUUUUCUGUAAACAGUGGAGGCCAGAGCCAGCCAUCUCUGACUGUGACUGCAAAGACAGUUUUGCCUCCUCCUCAGCUCUCCGCCUCCUCUCCCAGCAAUGACAGCAUCACUGUAUCCUGGGCCCCUGUUGCGCACGCUGUCCAGUACAGCCUGUCUCUAUACAAGUUUGGCUCGAACACCACCUACAUAAAGAACAACACCUCCAAUUUGACCAUAUCUGGCCUGGAUGCUGGUUCACUCUACGUCAUCAUGGGUUUCGCCUGGGACCUCGAGGGCCGUAAGGGGGAGGGCAGUCUGUACAUCAACCAGACGACAAGACCUCCAACACCAUCUUGUGCCAAUGUCUCCAUGGUGACGAGCAACGGUGUGGCCGGACUCUCAGUGUCCUGGGAACUCGAUCACAGGGUCUAUGGAUCCAUUCUGUACCAUGUGAUGAGUGACCAGAACCUCACCUGUAACUCCACAUCCAGCUCCUGCACCCUGUUGGCAGUGGGCUGCGGAGAGGUACACACUAUCGAGGUGACCGCCUCCAACGAUGCCGGGCCCAGCCUCCCAUCCAGCCCCGUCGUGUUCAUCACCUUCCCCUGCCCACCAGAGUCUUUGGCUCUCGAGGAGUCGACAGAAGGAAACUGCACGCUGAUGUGGGACACGGAGCCUCAUGGCGACAGCUACACAGCCUUCAUAACGAGAGGUGACGGCGCAGAGGAGAGCUGCAACACCACAAGCAACAACUGCACCUACCACUGCACAUGUGGCUAUACAUACCUGAUGUCUGUGUUCACGUUCAACCAGGCUGGCAGCAGUCCUCAAGGACAGGUUCUCAACUAUACCACCUCGCCCUGUUGUCCAGAGGGUGUAUCCGUCUCCUCGGUGAGCACUGACACUCUGGAGAUCAAGUGGACGGCCUCACGGGGGGCAGAGCUGUACGAGACUCGGGCUGCCGACAGUUCAGAGGUUAUCCUGUGUAACGACACGGCACCGGUGUGCGCCCUCUCUGACCUCAGCUGUGACAGUCCUUACAGCGUGGUGGUGACACCCUGCAACGACAUCAGCGGAUGCAACCGUGCAUGCAAGGCUCACACCAAAAACACAGCUCCCUGCAUGCCGAUGAAUCUGAUGUUGAAUCCGAAAAACUCCACCUGUGUCACUGUCAGCUGGACUGCAAACAACAGUCUUGCUUCUUACACCGUGACGGCGUCGGGAGAUGACGGCACACGCACCUGCGACACCAACGGAAACAGCUGCGACAUCACUGACCUUCCCUGCGGCUCCACUUAUGAAGUCAGCGUCAUAGCGUCCAGCCACUUCGGCUGGAGUUUACCCAGCUACUCUGACUCUCUGGAAACAGAACCCUGUUGCCCGGUGAAUCUAACAGUGGAUCAGGUGACGCAGGCAAUUACCAACGUCUCAUGGUCUCACGCUAAAGGGGCGCAUUCAUUCAUCACUUCUCUGACAUCAACGCGUGGUCACGCCCGCUGCCACACCCUGGACUCCCACUGCCUCAUGGGAUGCAUCACCUGUGGGACCAACUACACCGUCACCAUGGAGGCGAGAAGCCACAGCGGGCGCCGGUCCAACUGCACCUAUGAGGGCUUCUCAUCCAGUGCCUGCUGUCCGUCAGGUGUCAGGCUCUCCAGGAUGUCCAAUAACUCUGUGCGGGUGUUGUGGCGGAAGGCUGCCAGCAGCCACAGCUACAUCACAGAGAUGGUGGGCAGCAGCAACAACUACUCCUGCACCGCCUCUCCCGGGGAGAGCAGCUGUGAUGUUGGCAACAUCCAGUGUGGGGAGGUAUACAAUGUAGUGGUGGCUCCUCUCACGCCAGAGGGCAGCACAGUCCUGUUCUGCCCUCAGAGAAUGUACUCAGUCCUUUGCUCAGGGAGCAACGUUGGUACAGUGAUUUACAGAGGGAAGAGAAGUGUGGGCUAGCAUACGAUGCAUCAAACACCUCCAUCUUCUUCAGCCUCCUCUUCCUCCUGCAUCACCACUUCCCCACUGGAAUAAAGCCAUACUCAUAGAUAAAUAGAAGAACAACUUAACUUAAGUUAACCAGAAGAAGAAAAAAACAUGUGUGUGUGUGUUGACCAUUAUACAUAUAAGGGAUAACAUGAUGAAUAAUAAUAAAUACAUUUCUGAGAUAUUUUUAAGUGUUGUAAAGCUGCCUUUAAACUAAACCCUCACUGUGCCCUCAAUAAUCAUGAUCAAGCACUGAAAUAAUUAUAAAAAACAAACACAGAUGCAUUUUAUGUGUGCUGUAUCAUGAGGCAAAAUCAUAUUAUGUAAAGUAAAAAAGUUAUGGUGAAACAUUUUAUUCACAAACAACCAGAACUAAAUGUGUUUGUUGUCCUGAGAAAUGUCUUUUAUUUUCAUCCCUGAACUAUUGCUUUAAAAAAAAAACUCCAAAUAAAUGAUCUAAUUGACAACAACAACAAAAAAAUGGCAAAUCUGUAACAGUGCCCCAACAGACAUUUAGGACAAUGUUUGCCUCUUCAUUGUAAGAAUUAUUAAUUGGAGAAUUGACCAAAAAAAGAAAAAUUACAAGAAUUGUAUGUCCGGCCCCAAGUAGGAAGCCUCCUGAGGAUAAGUGGCUGAUCUGUGUUACCUCAUCAUGUGUCGCCCUGCAGCGUAUCAUCUCUGCAGUGUGCUGUUGCUUGCUCUCAGGAUGGAUUUAACUUUG